GUUUUCCAGCUGUCAUUCGAGAGACGCAAAAGCGCAGCAAAAACAUUAGGAAAAAAAAUCAAUUUCUCCAGCGUCAACAUGGAAAAGAAUCCAGAGGCUGCAGAAAAGCGACUGUGGAUCGGGAAUCUCGACACGAGAGUGACUGAGUAUCAACUCGUGAAAAUUCUGCAAAAAUACGGUGAUAUCGAAAACUUUGAACUGGUAUACCAUCGCACGGGACCCCAAGCCGGUCAGUCCAGAGGAUACGCCUUCGUGACGUACAAAACCAGACAAAACGCUGCCACGGCGAUACAGAAACUCACCGGGAAGCAGAUUGACGGACGGAGCAUAGCUGUGGGCCUGGCGAAGACGUUCAGUGAGAACGAAGACAGGUUCAAGACGAGAAUCGAAAUUCCCGCCCUUGGAGGGGCAGCCGGAAGCUCAUCAGGCGCAUCUGUGGACAGGAAGAAGAUUGCCAUUCAGGCAAUUGAGGCGAAGCUCAAAGUGCUGGAAUCUCAGCGGUCAGGAGAUGACUUCGAGGUGAACAAGAGUGUCUCCAGUGAAGCUUCACUUAUUCAGCGUUACCAGUUCAACAAGGGACAGGAGAGAUCUCACAGAGGCACUCUGGCCAGUCGCCAGAGGCAGAGACACAAACAUUCCGGACCUUAUCAUCGGCACACGAAGCGCUGAGGCUCUUUUAUUACCAUCUAAACCUAGAGAAUCUAAAUAAAAAUUUUCCGUGUUCAA